AUGGAGGCAAACAAAGAAAAUAUAAAUAGAUUAAAAGUCAAAACCAAAAUUCCUUUGCCAAUGGAACCUUUACCAGCCUUACCUAAGCAUUUAUUACUCAAGAAAAUUCAAAAAGAUCCAGUAAGCGAAGAUAAUAGAAUUCCAUUAAAAACUAUUAAUAGCUCAUCAGUUUUGCUUGCUGGACCUAGCACGGGACACGGUGGAGUAGUAUCAACUAAGACUAGACGUACAUAUGAAGUUGACUCAAAAUAUGUUACUUUUAGACAAAGAAAUGAAGAUUUGGAUUGGGACUUUAAAGUUUUUAAAGAAGAAACAAAUAAUAAAGACAGUAGUAUAAUUUCAAUAAGUGACGACGAGGAAAGUUUUAUUGAGGGCGACAAGGAAAAAUACAAUUCUAUUAGUGAAAAUAAACAGAAAAAUUGUCUUGGUGAGGCCAGGAAGGUGCUUACUCCAUUACAUAGAUCUACUCUUGAACCGAAAAGGGUGAGGAACAUAAAAAAGAGUUUGAAAAGGCCGCACAGCAGAGAGUUACAAGGUCUUUCCCCGGUGACACAUCCGGAGAAAAAAGGAGAAGAAAACUUCAAACGUCGUUUAAAAUUCAACGACCGCUUGAAUGAUAGAUUGCAGUCGCUGGAUAUUUUUGAGAAGUCAUAUACGGAGUGCAUCGAAAGGGAUUAUGUCAAGGAUCUGUUCCCUCAUUUACUGAAAAUCGAAAGACCUGCAUCCGCGCCGAGAAUACCCAGCAUCACUCGAGCUUGUGUCCUGAAUUGGUUAUUAAGAGUGAACGGUUCCGAUGGUAAUCCAGCGGUGGUCCAGACAGCAUCCUGGUAUCUGGACUCGGUUUUGAGUAUCAGUAGCGUUCGGUUAGAUCAAUUGCAGCUGGUUGCAACCGCUUGCUAUUGGAUUGCUCAGAAGUUACACGGACCAGUGGCCCCCUCUUACAGGCUUAUUAAAUAUGCAAACAGAGCCUUCAGUACAACACAAUUAUUGGAGACCGAAAAAGCGAUUUUAAAUAAAUUGAAAUUUCCAUCGCAACCAGUUGUGCCUCAAGAUUAUAUAACAUAUUUGUCCUGGUGGUCAGAUAACGCUCGUCCAGGUGAGAUUGAAGUAGCAGCGACCUUUCUCUGCUUAUGCGGUAUGAUGGUAGAUAAGACACUCUGCAGUGAGUUACCAUCAGUAAUCGCCGCUGCUUGCGUACGAAACGCAUUACUGCUGUUAGGGAAACGGGACUUGAUGCUGCGCCUUGAGACAUGCCCAGUGUUCCAAGCAGCAGAAAACAAGACGACGAAUAUGUGUUGCAUUUGCUCAACCUUGCGUAGAGCGGUGCGUUUAGUGUCAGACAAUACGUACGAGUACAAGGCGCCAAUAGAAAUUUUCGGAAUUGGCCCUCAUUUUAUAGCACAAAAGGUUGUGAAAUUCGCAAACGACCUCGCCAUUUUGGAAGUUAAAUGUACGUCAAGGAAUUGA